UUGACAGUUGAAGGCGUGAGAACAAGAGACAGAGACACACGAUGGUUGAAGUCAGACGGAUUCAAAUGACUUUAUUUGUGACGCUGCUGCUGCUUGAGUUCACAGCAGUAACUGGACAAACCUCAUCCUCCCUCAUCACCAGAGCUGGAGAUGACGUCACUUUGCCUUGUAACAAAGAGAUAAAACAUCAAGACAAAUGUAACGGUACUGUUUGGCUUUUCAGUCGUUCUGGUGAAUCAGCAGCAGAGCUGAUUAAACUUGGGGUGAUUAAUAAUAAUGUGAUCACCAAAGAUAAAUCCAACAGACUGGGUUUGACAGCAGACUGUUCUCUGGUUAUAAGAAAUGUAACAGCUGCAGAUUUUAGUCGUUACACCUGCAGACAGUACAAAGCAGGAAAACAACAAGGUCACGAUGCUCCGGUUGUUCUGUCUGUUAUUAACAUGGAGGAACAGACAUUCAAUGAUACGGUCUUCUUGUCCUGCUCUGUGUUGACACACACUGGGUGUAAACACACAGUAAAGUGGCUGUAUGAGGGGAAUGAGAAUGAUGUGGAGACAUCACAGAGUGACUGUUCAGCCACUGUGAUAUUUAAAACUCUUCAUCCUAAUCAGAAGUCAAAGUAUUACGAGUUACUGAAGUGUAAUGUGACAGACAGACAGACUGGAAACACGCUGCUGUGUAAAGCCGGCCCCCAGUCCUCAUUUGAGAACACAGUGGAGAGAAACGAUACACCGUCUGCAAACAACGACCCUCCAACAACAGCAGGUUGGUGGAGGUUCAUCAUUUUGGGUUUAGCAACUCUCGUAAUGAUUGUUGUGGCGGUCUACGUAUGGAAGAGAACUAAAGGGAACAAAACACAGAUGGAUGUCAACGCUGUGAGUUUUAAACCUGAACAAUCAAACGCUUGUGCUUGUGAUAUUUCACUAGUUUACAAUAAGAAUGAAGAGAGGCCUGUAACACGAAGCGAGUUCAACAUACCCAGACAAUCUCUAGGGUAUCUCUAGGUUUUCUUUAAUGUAUCUUUAGUGUAUCUUUAAUGUAUCUUUAAUGUAUCUUUAAUGUAUCUUUAAUGUUUCUUUAAUGUUUCUUUAGUGUAUCUUCAGUGUAUCUUCAGGGUUUCUUUAGUGUAUCUUUAAGGUAUCUUUAAGGUAUCUUUAGGGCAUCUUUAGGGCAUCUUUAGUGCAUCUUUAGUGUAUCUUUAGUGUAUCUUUAGUGUAUCUUUAGUGUAUCUUUCGUGUAUCUUUAGUGUAUCUUCAGGGUUUCUUUAGUGUAUCUUU